UCAACCCCUCACAGGUGUCACAUAGAAUGGGCAUCAAGUGCAGUGGGUAACUAUAGCAUUGUCACGGAGUUUGUGCUCCUGGGAUUUUCUCAUCUCCAUGAGUUCCAGGUCCUGCUGUUUGUUCUGAUCCUGUUGGUAUAUGUGCUGACACUGCUGGGCAACCUGGCCAUCAUCAGCCUCACUUGCCUUGACUCCCACCUUCACUUACCCAUGUACUUCUUCCUCUGCGACUUGUCCCUCAUGGAGAUGCUGGUCACCUCCACUGUGGUACCUAGGAUGCUGGCAGACCUGCUAUCCACUCACAAGACGAUGUCUCUGGCUGAAUGCCUAAUCCAGUCUUUCUUUUACUUCUCCCUGGGCUCUGCCAACUUCUUGAUCCUCACGGUCAUGGUCUUUGAUCACUACAUGGCCAUCUGCCGCCCCCUGCACUACCCAACCAUCAUGAAUGGUUCAGCGUGUGUGAAGCUGGUGGUGGCCUGUUGGGUGGUUGGUUUCCUCUCCAUUGUCUCUCCCACACUGCAGAAAAUACAGCUCUGGUUCUGUGGCCCUAACAUCGUCGACAACUACUUCUGUGACUCUGCCCCGCUGCUCAAGCUUGCCUGCUCUGACACCCACCAUAUUGAACGCAUGGUUCUCUUCCUGUCCCUGCUCUUUGUGCUGACCACCAUGCUGCUCAUCAUCCUCUCCUACGUCCUCAUUGUGGCUGCAGUGCUGCACAUCCCCUCCUCCUCUGGGCGCCAGAAGGCCUUCUCCACCUGUGCCUCUAACCUCACAGUGGUGGUGCUGGGCUAUGGCAGUGCCAUCUUCAUCUACAUGAGGCCAGGCAAGGGCCACUCCACACACCUCAACAAGGUGGUGGCCCUGGUGACUGCAGUGGUAACUUCUUUCCUCAACCCCUUCAUCUUUACCUUCCAGAAUGAAAAGGUCAAGGAGGUCAUUGAGGAUGUGACCAAAAGGAUCUUCCUUAGAGACCCAGCAGCCUGUAGGUGAAAGAGUGAGCCCUUGACAGGGCUGGAGAGCACCUGACAACUCAUGAGGAGUAGACUUGCUGCAGGUGGGCACCCACAUGCCUAAGCUGGAGCUCCUCACUCUCUUUUUUUCUCAGUUUCUCCUGCUCUCUCAUCUUCAUGCAAGUUUCUUCUCUUGCACUGCAGAGAACUAAUGGACACACACUGUUAGAAUGUCUCAAAGGCAAGUUUCUGUGUGUCUGAGAUAGUUAAAGAAUGGAUAGGGAAUGUGGAGUGAGUACAAUGGGACGAUAUUAAUUAAAAGAGAUAAUCCAAACAAGUAAGACUCUUAGUGCAGGGUCUAGUACAUUAAGUAAGAGCUCAGUAAAUGUAGCUAUUAUUAAAAUGUCCUAUUAAAACCUCUCUUUCUCAGCUCUAUGGUUUUGCUUGCAUUCUUUUAAGUUUGUGUUCAACUUUUAUUUUGGGUAUGUUUCCUUUUCAGGACCUGGCUUCAAGGUCUAGGAUAGAGUUCUGAAAAUGGGAGGUGUUCUAAGAAGAGCAGAGAGGCCUGGCACCCCAACGCAGGAGGAGCCAUGUGCCUCUGUUGGCUCUCCUCUCUCGGCCUGACUGCUCCUGGAUGGAAGCACCCCCCACACCCAGGCUGCCCACUUCUUCCAUCUGGCCCCAAAGCCUCUUGCCUUUCCACAGAAAUGGCUCUCAGGGAGCCACUCCUCCAACCCUCUUAUAGAAAGUCAUGAAGGCCUUACCUUUUUCAUGCACAUGAGAGUGGGGAAAAGCUGAGCUGCAUCCACACUCUCAGACUUGCUGCCUUGCCCUUCCCAUGGGCCACUACUUCCCUUCUACUGUAGAACCUUAGAUCCAAGUUCCAGAAAGAGGACCAGUUGCCCAGGCCUUCUGAGGUUGGGUUUCCUGAGAGCAGCCUGGCCAGAUUACCAGGGCCCCUGGAUGGUAGAAGCAAAUAUGGUAGAAGUCAGAUGAGAAGGAGUAAAUGGAGUGUGACUGGUAUUGUGGGUAACGGGAUGGGAGGGCUGAUAAGAGGCAUUCCUUGGAAAUCUGGAUGGUGUGGGAAGUCACGGGAAGAUGGUAGCGGCAGGAAGAGCUCCGGGUCUGAUUUCUUUUACUAGACUGAGUCUCAACUGGGCUGGGCUAGGAUUGGCAAAGUGGGGCAAAGAGUAGAUGCAAACUUCCUCUCAUUUCUGAAGCUGGCUCUGUCCACAGGAUCCUUAGAGGAGAGGCCCUGCUCAUAAUUUGCAGUGUGGAGUCACAGGAUGGGAGCUGCCCCACAGGGCCAAGACUAUGAAGAAUGGUUGUAGGGGAAGCAUUCCAGGACACAGAGCCUGGAGGCACCACUGUCUUACUGUCUCUGUCAUUUAGCUUGAUCUCUAACAUAUAUGUUUUUUUUUUUUUUCAACCACCACAGUACAUUUUUGCAUUUGUGGGCCUUGCCAAAAGUGGACAGAUACUUCUGAUUCUGCUGUAAAGACCAGCAGGGAGAAGUUUUUCAUCCUGAGAACUUGUCUCUUUCACCUCUCAAGAGACUAAUUACUUGCCCUCCUUGCAAACUUCCUGAAAAACUGAAGAGCUAAGUGGAAAGUAAUUACCUCCUUCUGAGAUGCAGAUACUUUUCCUGAGCUUCUCCUCCUAAAAUAAUCAGCACAGGAGUCACUCAGUGUCCUCCCCAGGGACUCCUUCCUGCUACUCUCUUUUCUCUGCACAUUCCCCUCUUAAAAAACUAAAAAUAAUCAAUAGCCUGUAGCAGGCUAUCGCCUGUUUUUCAUAGGAUUUCCUUGGAAGUGGGGUCUCUGGUCAGUUUUGGGGAAGGUAUGACUAGCCUUGGGCCUUCACAGCAAUCACCCCAGGGAAUCUAGCAUCACGCAACCUGACUUGCCCCACAGCCUUGCCUGUGGUUCUUUGCUCUUCAAAGUGUGAUGCUUGAAACAGCACUGGCAUCUCCUGGGAGCUUAUUGGAGAUGCAGAAUCUCAGGUCCCACCUGAUACCUCCUAAAUCAGAAUCUGCAUUUUUGUAGGAUCCCCAGGUGAUUCCUAUGCACAUUAAUAUCUGAGUAACGCGGAUCUAAACAAUUUGCUGGUAGAAUUUUCAAACAGAAAAUUGUAUAAGAAAGCCCUUGUUCCAAUCUCAACAAUGUGAAAGGCAUUGGAAGAGGGAAUCUGGGGACACAUUUGCUAUUAUUGGAGCCAUCUUUCCUUGGUGACCUUUAUCCCAGGUCCCAUUUCCAGAGACAGUAGUAACCAGGAUAAAGACCCUGAAGACUCUCAUCCUAGUCUGACUUUAAACUUCUUGAGUGACUUCAAUCAAUGGCCCAGCCUCUGACUCACUGUUAGAAUUCUAUGUGGAUGUGACCUAGAGAUGUCUAGAUAUAUUGGUUCCAGACAUUUGUCUUAAUGUGGCAGGGUUGUCAAUGUGCAUAAUGUCAAAUGAGACUCCUGGAUAGAUAGAAAUGAAAAAAUAAUUUUUAAAAAAUCUUGCAACUUGCUGGGAGAAAUCUUGGGAUUCUGGUUCCAAAUCAAAGUAGCUGCUAUAAAAGGCUCCCCAGGUUUAAGACAUGAUGUAAGUAAAACACAGCCUCAUGGAAUUGCAAGGGAGUAGGUCAUGUAGGCCUACCUUCCUCUGUCUCGGUGCAGGCAUCCCCACUGCAGCACACUGAGCAGACUGGCUUAGGGACUCUGCUUGAACCAAGUCCAGGGAUGGAGCAUGCCCAGCUGUGGGAGGCAGCCCCUUUCUUCACUGCAUGGUUCUAGAUUUUAAGGAGAAAUCCUUAUGUCAAACCUCAAUAUGACUUCCUCUAACCUUCACCCAUUGUCCCAGUUCUGCCUUUUUCAGUUAUGCAGGCAGACUAGCAGGUAAGCAAAGAUAUCUACGCAUUCCCCUCAAAAAUAUUCAGGUUUACAAAUAGGAGGUUGCAUCAAACCGUUUCUAGAACUCUUGCCUUCCAUAUGCUUUUUUUGGUUCCUGUCAGGCGCAUCUUGGAACUGAUUGUGGUACUAGUUUAGACAACUAACUGAGAUGUAGAGCAGUGGGAAACCUUUUCUCUUGCUCUGUUGACUAUAUUUCUUACCAUCAACUAAGAUGGCAUUCCAUGUUUAGGUUAUCGUGCUAACUCAUGUUCCAAAUUCAUAUAAACCUCAUGAUUAAUGACAGCUAGCAUUUAUUGAACACCUACUAUAUUCUAGGUACAGGAAAAACAAAGAUCUAUAAGGCACGACACCUAACAUAAGGAGCUCAGAACCCACAUAUAGACAAAACUACAUUGAACCAAGUCCAGAGAUGGACCAUUCCCAGCUGUGGGAGGAAGCCCCUUUCUUCACUGCAUGGUUCUAAAUCUUAAGAAGAAAUCCUUAUGUCAAACCUCAGUGUGACUUCCUCUGAGUUCCUGAAGGCAAAGCUCUCAGGGAAUGCCCCAUUUCUUUUGAUUAAGUUAAAAGUUAAGUUGAAAUGACUUUUUGAGGUCCAAAGAACAGUUUUAUAGGCUGAGAAGAGGAAAAGUGAAUUCCUGAGAGAGGCAACUGAGUGUGUAAAAUAACAUAGACAUAAAAUGGUAUAUUGUGUAGACAACCAAAGCCUAAAAAGACAGGAUUAAUGAGUGGGUUUCUGGAGACUGGCCAUGGGUAUCAUCAGUAAUCAGACCCAAGUCCCCCAGUGGACCUGUAAGUGCCCUCUGCAAGAUGCUCCACUCACUGAAAUAACGGCAUAUUUGAUUACAACAAACUUCAGUGUGCACAUCAGUGUAGAAAUCUCUGCUUGCCUAGGGCAAUCAUAUUGUAGUUACCAAAGGUGCUAUUUACCUUCAGCGCUGAAACUGUAUUGCCUUUAAUUUUGCAAAUAACCUAAGUAAGUUCAGAGAGCUCAGCUUUUCUGAAAUGCUUGAUUUCCCUCUCUGCCAGCAGCUGAAUUAGUCACGUGUUAUAUCCCUUUAAGGCUGAUUUGCUCAGGUCCUCCAACAAAAGGGAGGCAUGGGGAUGAGACUGAGAAUGGGAGGAUCUGCCUUCUGCGUCUGUGAAGGAGGGGGAAGGAAAUCUGUGGUGUCCCCUCUCCUUAGAUCACAGCCAACUUCCUCCAUGACAAGGACAAGGCCCUCAUAUACAGUCCUUUGGAUUCACCCCUAGGGCUGGGUAACCCAAGAACUUCUGGGUGAGUUGUCCACUGAGUGAGAGAAGCACAAAUGUGAGUGAUGAGCUGCCCAGCUGCUAGUGAAGAAGCCGGGUCCCCUUAUAUAUGGAGGAUCCUGUGUCUAUCAGAUAAAAUAAUUUGUAAGUUCCCUUAUAAGGGCGAUGCCAUGAGCUUUACCUCCAUAGGACUUGGCAGGUGUCUAACUCAAGUGAAGGAGAAUGACAGCAAUGCAGCGCUGACUGGGGAGCAGGAUCUAAGGGAAACCCAGAGGUAGGGGGCUAGUGAUGUUCUGGAGCCCCCUGGAGAACCCAUAGUGGGGCAUUGUAACAAGGUUCCUGAGAAUGUGGAAAGGGCUUUAGAAUUGGCUAACUGGCAGAGGCUGGAAUGGUUUGGAGGGCUCAGAAGAAGACAGGAAGGCAUGGGAAAGUUUGGAACUUCCUAGAGACUUGUUGAAUGGUUUUGACCAAAAUACUGAUAGUGAUAUGGACAAUGAAGUCCAGGCUGAGGUGGUCUCAGCUGGAGAUGAGGACCCGAAUGCUGGUAGCCAAGGCAAUGGGGAAAAUGUUUCCAGGGCAUGUCAGAGACCUUCACAGCAGCCCCUCUCA